GAAUUGCAGAAGAUGUACUUCAGGUGCGCAUUGUUAGCCCUGGUCCUGGGGUUAUGCACUCCCACUGGGCACCUCUACUCUCUGGCUCUCUCAACUCCUUUAGGAUCGAAUUCUUUGCGGCAGCUGAGUCGGGAAUUGUUGGACUCGGUCAGAGAUCCCCACUUUUUUGAUUGGUUGAAACAGGUCAGAAGGAGUAUCCAUGAAUACCCGGAAUUAGGGUUCGAAGAGCACUUGACGAGUCAGCUCAUCAGAAAUGAGCUUGACGCUCUGGGAGUCAAGUAUGCCUGGCCGGUUGCCAAAACCGGGGUUGUCGCUGUUAUUGGUUCCGGCGAUCGACCUUCGUUUGGUUUAAGAGCUGAUAUGGAUGCUCUCCCUCUUCAGGAAUUGGUGGAAUGGGAACAUAAGAGCAAGAUUAAUGGUAAAAUGCAUGCUUGUGGGCAUGAUGCUCAUGUUGCCAUGCUGCUUGGAGCAGCCAGAUUGCUUCAAAGCAGAAAGAAGAACUUGAAGGGAACUGUUAAGCUGGUUUUCCAACCCGCUGAAGAAGGCAUGGGUGGGGCUAACCAUAUGUUAUUGGAAGGAGUGAUGGAUGAUAUCGAAUCAAUGUUUGGGCUCCAUAUUUGGCCAGGUAUGCCUGUUGGUAAAAUUGCUUCAAGAGCAGGGCCCUUGCUUGCAGGCUCAAACAGGUUUUCAGUUGUAAUACAAGGCAACGGUAGGCAUGCAGCGAAUCCGCAUAAAACCCAAGAUACUGUUCUUGCCUUAUCUAUGACCAUUCUUGCUCUCCAACAUCUUGUUUCUCGAGAAACAGAUCCUCUUGAGCCCAGGGUAGUAUCAAUUGGAUUUGUAGAGGCUGGCCAUUCAAAAGAAGUCAUACCAGAUCAAGUGAAGUUUGGUGGAACUUUUCGCUACUUGACUUCUGAUGGUUCAUUCUAUCUCCAACAAAGAAUCAAAGAGGUGUUUACUUGCAGAUAAUUGAGGCACAAGCAGCAGUUCACCAAUGCUCUGCAGUGGUGGAGUACCUAUCAGGGGAACAGACACCCUACCCGCCAACCCUUAAUGACCAAGGGAUGUACGAACAUGCCAAGGAAGUAGGAGGCAUUUUGCUUGGUGAGAAAAAUGUGGAAUAUGCCCAGAUCACAAUGGCUGCUGAGGAUUUUGGCUUUUAUGCACUAAAAAAGAAGGCGGCUUUCUUUUUUAUUGGUGCAAGAAAUGAGACAAUGGGUUCCUCCAUUAAAGGACUUCACAGUCCUCACUUCAUUAUGGAUGAACGCGUUUUGCCCAUAGGAGCCGCUCUUCAUGCUGCUGUUGCCAUUGCUUACUUGGAUAGUCACCACAAUAAGGGACAAUAGCCUCAACUUCAUUUUCAGACGAGUUGUAAAUUUGAAAUGUAAUCAAAUGUAUUUACAGCACAUGUAUAUCACAUGAGUUUUACAACUCAUUACGCGUUACCAAACUCAGUCUCUGUGAUGGCAACAAAUAAAAUUUGAAUUUUAGAUUCAAAUGUUUUUCAACAAUUCUUCUUGUAC